AUGACGCUUUCGUUUGGGUCGGCUCCGUCGUCGUCCUCAUCCUUCCGCUGGUCUUCUCUCUCUACGCCCUCCGCUUUCCCACCUGCUGCUUCCACCUUCCUCCCGUGGAAGCUCAAGUCAGCUCCAUUUAGAUGUUCUGAUCAAAAGACCUAUAAGAAUAGCGUGCAUGGAGUGAAAGGACUAUCAGCACAGACUUCCUAUAGGUAUUUCAAACUGAAGAAUCAGCUUCUGAGCAGGCUAGAGAAGUUUGACUUGUUUUAUGAAGAAAACUCCUCAAAAAGCAGUUUGUCUGAUUUUUCUGGGAGAUCUGAUGGAAAACCUGGGUUUAUAUCAUUCCAUGGCUACCAUUACCUUAGAAAUGAGGUUGAAACUAUUUCAAGGGAGGGAAGAUAUAAAAUUCUUUGGUUUGCUGCACCAACUGUAUUGGUAGCCUUCUUGGUUUUCCCCUUGUUUUACUUGCGAAAGAUACUUUCUACCUUUUUUGAAGACUCUUUAUUUACAGAUUUCCUCAUAUUAUUCUUCACAGAAGCUCUUUUCUACAGUGGAGUUGCAAUCUUUGUUAUGUUAAUUGAUGUUCUGUGGAGACCUAUUCAAGCAAAAUUACCUAAGAAAUUAUACGUGUUGAAAAUUCAACGUCUUCCUUUAACUUCUGUAGUUACAUCUGCUAUGCCACUAAUAAUACCUCUCCUGACAAUGGGCUUGGUUUGGCCUUGGACUGGACCAGCAGCCUCUGCUAUUCUUGCACCAUACUUGGUCUGCGUGGUGGUACAAUUUUCUUUCGAGCAGUAUGCUUCUCGUAAAAAAUCACCUGCAUUGCCUGUUAUUCCCAUUAUUUUUCAUAUAUACAGGCUGCACCAGUUGAAUAGAGCAGCUCAGCUAGUGUCGGCACUAUCUUUGUCAGUUAGAGGCACUGAGAUAACAUCGCAAACAACAACCAUAAGCAACUCGUUAGGAGUGCUGUUUACCGUUCUCCAAAUCCUCGGCAUAAUUUCAAUUUGGUCACUUUCAAGUUUCCUGAUGAGGUUCCUUCCUCCUUCUGAAGCAGUUUUCUAA